AUGUCGGCUCCCACUAAGGAACUCGGAAACCUAUCACUUGGAAGUGACAUGUCCUCUACUCGUUUAGGGUCCCAGAAUCAGAGGCAAAAGCCUCCAUACACCACCGAAGACUCCUCUAAUAGUGAAUCGGAGGAAGAGUCGUCAAGUAGUGAAUCGGAGGAGGAGGAGGAGGAGGACGACGACGACGACGACUCCCCACUAUCAUCUGCGGUGACCUUCCCUGGUAAAUCGUCCAUUGUCUAUGAUCUUCAAAUGUUAUCUCGAGGCGCAAAGGCAAAAGCCCGGCAUGGGCUUAGUGGAGAGUUCUCGGUUGAUAAAUGCAGGCCAAUCUAUGGCGGAGGAUAUGACUUCGACAUCAUUGACCAUGGUCGCGUCUAUGUUGGGGAAGGGCCGAUUACUUGCUCAUGCCUGGACUUCCAGGGAAGCCGCAUUGCCUGUCGACAUAUUUACUGGCUUGUCGAUCAACUUCAUCGACGGGUCCUGACAACCAAACCCUCUGGGGCGCUCAAGCUAUCUCCAAACGGAGAAUGUGACACGCUGGACCCCAUGCUGGAACUCAUUGGAGAUCGCAUGGAAAAUAUUUGCCAGAAAGUGAAAUGGUCAUACAUCCCUACUCCAGGCACUCCUCCUGAUACACAAUGUAGCUCGAUAUCUAUGUCACGCCCUGAAAAGGCCAGGGAUCUUCUUUCAGCCUUCAGUGCAGAUACUUUGCCGGAUGAAUUUCGCCCUGAGCUUGUGGAAACUAUUCGACAGCCUCGUACCCCCGAGCAGUGUGUCGUACAAGGUGACUUUGAAGCGACAAUGUUUCGUCUUGCUGUGCAUGACGAAAAUGUUUACGCCAGUCUCCGCAAGGUGAUGCCUUCCGGUGCCCGUGCUGCCAUAUUUUUUGACAAAGUCCAACGACGGGUACGCUCACUACUUACUGAUUUCAAUCGGUACCGGCUCAAAGGAACACCAAGGCAGUCGGACCAUACGGCCCUGGAGGUCGACAUCGUUGCCGACGAAAUGCGAGAUCACCUACGAUUAAUCCAGAAAAAUAUAAUUUCCCGGAGUCCCCAUGGCUUCAAAGGCGCAGCGGAGACUCUUCUCUACCUCCUCCGUGCAGUCUGCCAGUUCAACUUUGAUGCCUUCGAAGCAAGCACAUGGGAGCGUCCUUCUGAAGCAGAUGAAACGGCUGAGGACCGAAACUUAUACCUCCAACUUAUCUAUAAUCCGCUCGAUGGCGAUGAUUUCUUUGUUCUCUCAUGCCUGGAGCAGUUACCAGAGGACGUCCUGCAAAAUAUCACCCCCCAACUGGAUAAUAUAUUCAGCGACAUGCAAGUGAACGCCGCACCGGUGCCUUAUCUUAGAAAACUUCAUAGUAUAAUAGCUGGUGACCUUCCAGCAAAAGCUGCUGUGGGUGCUACUCUGACAUCGAGUGCCAGCGGUCAAAAGCGCCCUUCAACCGCCGCAUCCGGCAGUGGCCGAAAGAGGACGAAGUGA